GAAUAUUUUAACUGCAUUUGGAUACCGGACAAAUACAAAAAAGAAGAAGCGAAUAUCACAAUCUAAAACUCGUGAACUAAAUCCACGUAACCCGGAAAGAGUCGGUUAUAUGUGGAUCUUAAAGAAUCGCUGCGUUAAUAAGCCUGUAUCACAACCACAUCAAUGA